UGCAGCUAUGAUGACGAUUUUAGUGAUCGCGGUAUUCCUCUUCCUUGGUGAUUAUGUACGGGCCGGCCCUGACCCCACCUCCCCUAUCAUUACUAUCGGACUCUCCAACAUUACCGUGUCUCAAGGACAACGGGCCCAGCUAUUCUGUGAAGCAAUUGGGUUCCCUAAACCUAAGGUUAAAAUCCUGAAGAGAAUCAAGGGUUCCACCAAACAUAUUGACGUGGAUUUAAGUAAAAUCGGAACUCCUCUCGAGACUGGAAACGCCUUUAAAGUGAUCAGAGAAACUACAGUCGACGACGAAGGGUGGUACUACUGCAGGGCAAAGAAUAAGAUUGGUGUCCAGAUUACAAGAGCCUACAUCAGGAUUAACCGAGGAUGUUCAACAAUACACUGUCCAAGUCACAAAGUCUGCGAGAUUAAUACCUUCACCAAUGAGCCUGUGUGCAGGUGCCCGGUUCGAGCCUGUAACGAUUUUGAUGCUGUUUGUGGAACAGACUGCAACACCUACUUCAGCAAGUGUUUCCUUGACGCACAGAACUGUGAAAUGGACAAGAACGUGACGAUAAAACACAGAGGUUUCUGCAGUAUUCCUUCCCCCCCUGUCGUCGACUACUGGCAAACUAACGUGACAGUGGCGAUGGGAAUGCCAAUAGAGCUGCAGUGUAACGCUAAAGGGUCCCCGAUGCCAACAGUGAACUGGUACCACGAACUUAGGGAUGAAGACCCAGUAUUAGUAUCUGACCAUGAUACUCUCUACAUACCUUCUGCUCAAGUUCUGGAUAACGGACUCUACUUCUGUCAAGCUCAAACUUGUGGUGACUUGAUUGCUCAGAGUAACGUGUUCAAAGUUAAAGUGGAGACCCCUCCUGUUCUCCCAACUUGUGUCGUAGCUGGAAACGGUCAUGUCAGGACAUUCGACAGUCAGUCUUACUCAUUCGGGGGACAAUGUUCGUACCUGAUGGCGCGGAAUUGCCACAACAGUGACUGGUACGUUUACAACAGGUUCGGAGGAUGCCAGGUCGGCGCCACUUGUCUAGAGGCCAUCACUGUGUAUCAUAAAAAUGUCUUCUUUGAGAUUGGGAGAGGAUGGUACGUAAACAUGGGCCACGAAAACUUUGUCAUGAAGGAGAACGAAGAACGGACGUAUGUUGAAGACGAGCUAACCUUCAGAAUGAACGGUACUCAUCUUCACGCGGACCUCCCUGAAAUUAAAGUGAUCUGGGACGGAGUAACCACAGCGCACGUGGUCCUUCAGGAGGGACACAAGGACACAUCUACGUGCGGAAUCUGCGGAGGAAACUACGGAGAGAACUCGUACAGGAGCAGCAUGCUGGGACAGGAUGAGGCAUUGAAGUUGGUGGUGGAUAGCAGACUGGACUAUUACAGACAGUGUGAACCAAGUUACUUGCAGACGUACCAGUGUUCUGCCUCUUCGCGAUCCCAAGCCACUGCCAUGUGCAAAGACAUCUUCAACUGUCCCGGGUUCCGUUCCUGCAAACAGGUAGUAGACAUGGGCUGGUACAUGUCCACUUGUAUCCAGGACUCCUGCAGCAAGGAGUACCUCAGUGCCUACCCCUCUCCCUGCCGCGCCACCGCCGCCUUUAACGAGAUGUGCGCCGUGGCCGGGUUCGACGUGUCCGAGUGCAUCCACAAGGAGUGCAACGUGAAGAAUGUGUUGGUUGGAUCGCAUUGUGCUGAUACCCUCCCAUUCAGGGGUUGUGGACCAACCCUGUGAGGAGACUUUAGUUGUUUAGACGCACUUUCUAGGUGCUAUUCUCAUUAUUUUAGUAUUUGAUCGCUGUGUGCUGUUGUGACAGGACGUGCUUUAAGGUUAGGCUGGUCAGCAUUUACUUAGCACUAUCAGCACUCAGCACUGGUCAUUGCAGAGCGAUUAAGGUAACGAGCCCCAGACACACAUUUAACAAUCAUCUCAUUGACUGAAGACAGUGCUGAGUGCAUAGAUUAUAAAUAUAGAUUACAAGUGCAUUGCAUGUAUUUAGUAUUGGAGUACAAUUGAUAUUUGCAUUUCAUCGCUUAAUCUGAGUGCGAUUUAAUCUAUUGUCAUAGGUUGUAAUCUAUAGUCAUAGAUUGUAAGGUAUUUGUUAUCGUUUGAAUUUAUGAUGAUAUAAUAUGAAAUUAAUUAUUUGUGAAAAUUUAACAACGAAACUAAAUUAAUUAGUUAGUUUUUUUGUACCAAAAUGUUGAUAGAUCUGUAUCUGAGGAAUAAUAAGUGCCACAAAAUGAGCAAUAUCAAACCAUGAUUGAUAACGAUAACAAACUGAACUGUCCACAUUAGUUGAUAUAAUUUAAAACUUAUCAGCAUUGAAAUUUGUUAACAAUUGGUCGUGCUUUUCAAUCUUUAUUCAAAGAAAAUCUAUACAUUCUUUCGCACAAAUUGUUUUAAAAUCACUUGUCAGCUUUAUACAGAACCCCUAGCGAUAUAUCGUCCUUUCGUUUCAAAGUUUACGUUUUAUGAGUGCGUGAAUGCAGAUUAUUUUAUUAUGUAUUACUUAUCUAUUGUUGUAAAUAAACUUUCAAGGUGUUAGUGCCGAGUUUUGUCUUCGGGUACAACUCCCCAAUCAA